AAACAGAUAAAUAAUGAUUACAGUAUACACAUUUUGAUGGACAUUAAUAUGAUAAACAUUAAUUAUCUUUAACUUGAAGAUCCCAUAAAAAUAAAUACUGCAGUUUUGUGGCUGUUAUUCCAUGUCUGUUAGCUUAAAUGCCUCUAUGCCAGUACACAUUAGCUUUAAGCCCAUAUACACAUUCUUCUUCCACUUACAGGAAAACAAACAAUAUUGAUGACUCAUCUUGCACUUGAUGAGUGUGUACACAGUUUCAUCCAAUAAAAUGCUCUUCAAAAUGAGAAUGUUUCCUCAUCCUGUUAUCACCUGCUUUUGGCUAGUACCUAAUCAUGGUUCAGGUCAUAAAGUGCCCUAAAAUGUCACAAACACAAUCCUAAAGUAAUUUUAUGGGAUCUUUAAGUCAAAUAACAAACUCUUUGUGUCCAGUGGAAUUAAUUCUGAUUUAUAUAUUUAUAUAAUUGCUAAUAUACCUGUAUACGCUGAAAACUCCUGUCUCUCAGGAAGUACCUGACUCUGAAGAGGUGACUUCCGUCUUGUACGUCUACACAGACUUCAUUAAGCUGAAAGAGAGCAGUCAGGCCUCAGCUGCAGCGCAACACUUUGAAGAGUUUGGUAACUCUGAGGUCAGACCCACAGGCAGGGAAGAAACCGUUGUUUUGUAUUGGGUCACUAAUGAUCAGUCCACACCACGUCCUGAAGCUGGAGAGGACAAAUGAUAUUCUACAAUAUUACAUUAAAUAAUAAAAAAUGUUUUUCACAAUCUGCAAAUGCUGAGCACUUUAAAUCUGUAGCGGAGGGCCAGAAAUCCGACACACCGCCUGCUUCACGUACAGCCACUGCAGAAUUAGAAAGACUCACUUUGGACUGAAGUCUCCUUCAUGGCCUAUUUUCUUACAUCCUGUUUCAUUCUUAGCUGUUGUGUCGCCAGCUGAAGCUGUGAAGUUACAUUGUUCUGCGUCUCAUAUUGUGUGAAUUCUUCAUAUGUUUAUGUUUAGCAGACUUGUUUUAAAGGGUAAAACCAGAGGAUAAUGGGUUUCCUUGUUUGACUUCACUUCUUACAUUAACAGAUGUUUUAUAUCACUACAUUUAGUAUUAGGGGAUUCAGACUCUAGCUUUCAUUAGUAAAUAUAAUGUUAAAUAACAGUAGGUACUGUAUAAAUAAAUAUCCAGUAAAAAAAGGCUUAAUUAAACUGAUUCAACACUAUACACGAAAGGCAUCUGGUGAUUUAGCACAGCAAGAUGACAUUAUAGCCAUAAUCAGUUUAAGACAUUUAAAUAAUACGCUGGCAAGAUGUCUUUUUCAUGAAUUAGUAAUUGGUCUGAUGUAUACAAUAUCAAACAUGCACAAGAAGUGUUGUCUAAUAUAUAAUUUGAAUAAAACUAGCCCUGCCUUCUUCCUUUUUCGAACCGCUUUUUAUUUUCCUGUCGUGGUUUUUGGUGACUAUUUUUUACUGUGAGGUGACAGCAGUUUAAACUCCGAGUGCAUUGAAGCGUGUCACAAAAACUAGAUCUACAGAUUUGACAGAUGGUUUGGAUUUAAGGUUACCAAUGUUAAUAAAAUGCUAAUUUAACUACAAGAUUAUUAAGUCUAACUCCUGACUUACGAUGCCUGGAUGUUUCAUUCAUAUUUGGCUGUUUUUCUUUGCUGUAUUUGUGAGAGAAAUUAAAGUCAAAGAAGUGAAGACGGGUCUAUACAGUCGUGUUGAGCUCACUGGAGAGAAACUUGAUCAACAUACUGCUGAUUCUCUGAAUUCAGUGGAAUGGAUCAAACGAAAGGGAUCGAUAAAAUGUCUAUGUAUUAAAAAAACAAAUACCACAUCCAAUGCUUCAUACAGUCAAUGCUGUGGAACAGCUCAUUUCUAUUUAAACAACAACACCCUCAUUCUGGAGAGCGUGACAGCAAGGGAUGAAGGAGUCUUCACCGAAAAUAUAGUUACAGGAGAUGGAACUAUAAAACACCUAAACUUUACAUUAAUUAUUCAAUAUGCUCCAAAUACAACAGAAAUUGUGUUCUCCUGGAACUCCAGCACAUCUGUGACUCUCAAAUGUGAAGUGAGUGGUUUAUUUCUGCAUCUGAUGUGGAAAAGAGAAGGAGUCCCUAUUCUAGAGAAACACAGACACUCGUUCAGUGAAAAGAACCAAACUCUACACAUCAGCAACAUAACCAGCUCCGAUUACGGCACGUACAGCUGUAUUGCUUCAAAUGAAUAUGGAGAAUCAGAAAAGCACACAUAUAUUAUCGGUGAAAACUCUAGUGUUAACCAGGAAACAGCACUAGAGAUAAAACUCAGUCUGAUCAAACUGUGCUUUCAAGUGGACUUACACUCACUUGUGUUUUGGGACUGUGCAUCGUGUUCUACUGCCUUUACAAAUACCAUCACAGGCAAAGAGCAGAAAAUGGCAGAACUACAGAUGAAGGGGGUGCAGCCAUUGACCUUGGUAUUUAUCAGGAAAUACCUGGCUAUGAAGAGGUGACUCCUUUACCGUACGUCUACACAGACUUCAUUAAGCCGAAAGAGAGCGGUCAGGCCUCCGCUGCAGCUCACUUGGAGGACUUUGGUUACUCUGAGGUCGGACCCGCAUGCAGGGAACGUGUCUCUAAUGAAGAGUCCACAGCAUGUCCUGAAGCUGGAGAGGAGUGACAACUGAAAUAAGAGACUAUAAAACAUGUUGGCGCGAAACCAGCGAAUACUAACUUACUUUCAUAUUCAUGAAUCUGGUGCAGUGCAAUUUAGAAGUGCUACAGAUUUAUAAGCAGCGGGUGAAAAAACACGUUACAUCCUGAUCAACCACUAGAGGGCAGCAAAAACCGCUGAAACCAUACACUCAGAAAAAAGGUACAAAGCUGUCACUGGAGUUGCAUCAAGGUACAAAAUCUAAAAGGUAUAACCUUGUACCUUAUUUACCCCUAAGUGGUGCAUAUUAGUACCUUAAAUGUAAAUAUUAGUUUUUUAAAAGUACACCUUAUUUGUUAGAGUGUAGCAGCUCUACCACUUUUAACCUUGAUUGUUUUCCAAUUAUUACAAAGACACAGAAAAAGCAAAAAUUUUUGGAUGGACAAAUUAAUGCAUCUUAAAAAUAACAGUUUCACGAUUUCAAUUACAUUCAAUAAGCAUCAUUCUGAAAAAUAGCAACAUGUUUCCUCUCUUGCACUUGGCACUGGAUCAUGUACAGCUUGUACACACUAUAUGGACUGGAUAAGUACAUAAUAAAAGGACUUCACUGAGUACUUCAGCGUCUUUCAAUAAUGUCAAGGAAACAAUGUUUAAAGUGACACUUAAGUAUGCAAACAUUGAGAGGUUGUAAGUGUCCACCCCACACGCAUUAGUGACUGUCAUACACAGUGAUUAGAUAAAUGACUUGAGCCUUUCAGAACAAAGUGGUUUGUCUUGCAUGAAAAACUCUGUUAAAGGUUCUGUUUAUCAAUUAUGACAUACCAUAUCAUAUCAUGGAGUCAGCAGCAGGUUAACUCAUGUUAAAAGGCAAAUCUAGUUGUCGGAAAGGAGGUCUAGAUGCACUCUCGCAGUGCACAAUAAGAGACCAAAACAAGUCAAAGCAUUUGAGAGACAGCUGUCAAUCUUCUGAAGAGUGUAAAUGUCUCAUCAAAUCUUUUAUUUACAUUUUAUAGAGUACCUUCAUGUAUACCUAAAGCAAUGUCUUUAUUGAGAUUCCUCAAAGCAACCAGGAAUACAUACUGCAACAGGAUGCAAAGAAUAGGUUCCUUUCUUAGUUUUUCCUUCAGAAAAGCCAAAAGAAAAAAAAAACAGUGAAAUAAAAAUAAAACUAUUUCCUUUUAACAGA